CGCCAAUAUCUGCUUACUAUAUAUCCCUAAUUUAAUUAUUUGAUGAGUGACAGCUAUUCAACGCUGAUCGAUGUUUAUAGGCAGUUAACGAGUAAUAAACCUCGUAUGAAAGAGAAUUUUCAGAAACUUGAUACAGAUCGAGAUGAGUGUUUAUCUCAGAGCGAAUUUCGACAGCUCUUGAGCAAAAUGGAUAUUGUUUUAAAUGAUAAAGAUCUGGCAUACAUCUUCAAUCGGAAUGCGUCACAUGGAAGGCUACGAUACGCGGACUUGAGUAGAGAUCUCAAAGAGUAUGCUAAGUCGGAUUUGUCCCAAACUAUGAAUUUGCAAGACACUUCUAUGUCUGAAUAUGGUGCUGACGGAGGGACUCGUUUGCGAACCAUCCGUGAUAUGAACAUUCCAAAGAACUACAGCAUGAACGCGUACACCCACAUCAGCCGUCAAAAUGUUUCGCGUAUUGAGGAUUCCUUCAGCGAGUCUCAAGCGUUUCCCACCUCCGUUUUUCGAUCUGGCCACAUCAUCCAGCCUUCCGAGCGAAGAUCCAACGCCUCCGACACCAGCACCUCCGUUCUAAGCGCACUUCCUAGCUAUAGCUUUCGCACCAACCUGGAGUACAUCCACAAAAACGUGGUCGUUUCUUCGUUGUUCGCGAUCAGCGAAGAGGUUAUUCGGUCGUUCUUUGCGGCAAUGCAGCAAGAACUCAUCAAGGUGGCUUCUCUAAGACACUCCUCCUUCUUUCCGGUCAUGGAUUCCGAUAGUUCGUACAAAUAUGUGCUGAUGAUGGUCUGGAUGCCUCGCUCCUAUAUCAAUGGCACCGUGGAGUCUGUCUUUGGAAAGGAGGCGUGGCGCGAUGUCUGUAAUAAACAUGUCAAUUCCUACGGUUUAAAGUGCGACUGGAUGAUUGACAUUCAUCCUGACUACUGCAUCGAUAAACUCCUUGUAUAUUGCAGAGUUUGUUAA